AUGUCGACCAUUUUACCUGAGCAUCAUCUUUCGAUGGUGUCAACUGACGCCAGGUUCAAAGGCAACAAGGACUUGGUGAAGGAUUUGAUGGCCCCAGGAUUCUUAAACGAGGUUUCUGCGCCCGAGAUUUAUAGCAAAGCGCUAUCUCUCAUAGAGCUGUGGAGUGUGAAGAGCAAAUGGGCCGCAGGCCGUCCGUUCGAAGCCCAUCGCGAUCUCCAGAACGUUGCUUUAGACAUCAUCAUGUCUGCUGCAUUUGGCGAGACAAGCAAUGGCGGUGUUCUCCGGCAGCACAUACUCCAGGAAACGGGCUAUAGGCCCUUCCUAGUGCCAACAGAUCUGAAAGAGCCCGCAUGCUUCAAGAGUCUUGGACUUCCUACUGAGUACCAGGCUACUGUUGAUAUCACCCACUUCAUGGGCAGGGUUGUCACGUCGCCCUUCCCAAAACAGUUUGCAUGGCUGUUGAAGACUUUUACGAGUGUGAGCAGUGUAUUUGUGAAGAAGGACUACUUCAUCAGGAGCCAGAUUCAAAAGGCAGUAGCAUCGCUGAGCGACAAAUGGCUCCAAGGAGAGAAGGCAGCCAAAUCAGCUUUAGACUUCAUCGUCCUGCGAGAAGUGACAGCAGCCAAGAAGUCUGGACGCAAACCCUCAUUCACUUCAAAGAGAUUGGAAGACGAGUUGCUUGGAUACAUCGUCGCGGGUCAUGAAACGUCUGCGUCCAUCUUAUCUUGGGCUGUGAAGUUUCUAGCCGACAAUCAGAAACAACAGCAUACAUUGCGCAAACACCUCCAGGCAGUUUAUCCAGCUGCUGUCAAAGAGAAGAGACAGCCAAGUGUAACCGAACUCACAAAGGUUGCAGCUCCGUAUCUUGAUGCCUUCCUGGAAGAGAUUUUACGACUCUCACGGACAGCUUCAAUUCUUACACGCGAGGCUGUUACUGAUACUAUCGUGAUGGGGAAGUUCGUGCCGAAAGGUACCACAAUCUUCAUCUUCACACAAGGGGCGAGCUACGUUCAGCCUUCUCUGAGCGUUGACGAACAGGUCAGAAGUAGAACUUCGCAAGAAGCCAAGCGAGUCCCAGACUGGCUUUCCGACGAUGUAGGAAAGUUCUGUCCUGGGCGCUGGCUUGUACCAAAGACGGGAGCGAGCGGGUUCAGCGAAGAACGCGUCGGAAAAGAAGAUAGCCGGACUUUAUCUGACUUUGAUUUUGAUCCCCAAGCCGGGCCAAUCUUGACAUUUGGCGGUGGACCAAGAGGAUGUUUUGGUAGACGUCUCGCCUAUCUUGAGUUGCGCAUGGUUCUUGCGUUGCUUGUGUGGAAUUUUGCUUUCAAGCCAUGCGCCGACAAUCUUAGCACCUACGAGCUCAGGGAGAGCAUAACUGUAGAACCCAAGGAUUGCUACGUCAACCUUCAGACUUCAGAUAACAUGUAG